UUUGGAAGAAGAGUGUGAGUCUUCUCUUUGCACAGCUGCUUUAAGAGCUAGAAAUAUGGAGCUACACAGAGACAUGAAAAGGUUGACUGCAGUCUUUGAGAAGCUACAUACAUACGUUAGUCUUCUUGCGUUACCAAGUACAAACCCAGAAGGACUUCUUAGGACAAAUUACAAUGUGGUGUUUACAAGCAUUGCUGCAAGUCUUCAUGGAUUUCAUGACAUUUUAAAAGAUAUUUCCAAGCACUACAGUCAGAAAGCUACUUUAGAACAAGAUGUUCCAACUGCCACACAGAAACUCAUAACUACAAAUGACUGUAUUUUAUCCUCUGUUGUGGCUUUAACAAAUGGAGUGGGCAAGAUUGCCUCGUUCUUUAGCAACAACUUGGAUCACUUCACUACCUCCUUGAGCUAUGGCCCUAAAGGAGGAACAGAGUUCAUCAGCCCUCUUUCAGCUGAGUGUAUGCUGCAGUACAAGAAAAAGGCGGUUGCUUACAUGAAAUCUUUGAAGAAGCCUUGUGCAGAUUCAGUGCCUUAUGAAGAGGCUUUAGCCAAUCGCAGAGUUCUUCUGAGUUCCACAGAAAGUAGAGAAGGUCUUACACAACAGGUCCAGCAGAGUUUAGAGAAAAUUGCAAAACUUGAACAAGAAAAAGAACACUGGAUGUUGGAGGCCCAGCUAGCUAAAAUAAAGCUAGAGAAAGAAAACCAAAAACUGAAGCACUCUCUUAGUGGACAUUUAACUGAAACUAUACAAGAGCAUUCUGUUGUGCCAAAUGUAGCUGAACAAAAGAAGGAAACCACGGAAGAGAGUCUGAAGGAACCUAUUAAGAGUACUAGUCUGAUUGGAAUGUUGACUAUAACUACUGAUAAUGAAAAGGCUACAGAUGUUGAGUCUCGUGAAGACCUGAUAAAAAAACACUAUAUGGCAAGGAUAGCAGAACUUACAUCUCACCUGCAGCUUGCUGACAGCAAAUCAGUACACUUUCAUGCGGAGUGUCGAGCACUUGCCAAAAGACUGUCUUUAGCAGACAAGUCCAAGGAAUCAAUCACGGAAGGGUUGAAACUAGCUAGUCAAAACAUCAGUAGAUUACAGGAUGAAUUGAUGACAACAAAGAGAAGUUAUGAGGAUCAGUUAAGUAUGAUGAGUGACCAUCUGUGCAGUAUGAAUGAAACCUUAACUAAACAAAGGGAAGAAAUCGAUACACUAAAGAUGACCAGUAAGGGGAAUUCUAAAAAGAACAAAAAUCGAUAGCUGACAGCUAAUCAACUGUCUUCGGAAGCUGCUGCUGCACAGGAUGCAGAUAGUGAGAGUUCAUUGUCCAGUUCCUGUUUGUUCCAGGAAGCAGAGGGUGGUAUUUGGUCUAGUAAAAACUGAUUUGAUGCUGUAAAUGGUUUUAAAAUAUUUAGACCUUGUAACAGACAGAACUUAAUGUUGGCGCUAAACUGGGAAAUACACACUCUGUGGAUAAUUUAUAUAGUAAUUACCUUCAGUUUUUACUGUGCACUUUUUAAAACCAGGUUUUAAUUUCAUGUAAUACCUUCAGAUUUUGUAUAUUUUCAGAUAUGAUUAUGUAUUAACAAAUCUGGAUCAGUGCAGUAGUUGUGUAUUUUUGAGUUACACCUUAUUGUCAACAUGUGCACAUUCCUUUACUUGUUAACAACAGUUUAAAAAUUAGUUUUGAGACACUUUUUUGGCCAUGCAAGCUGUGCAGUUACUGUAAACGUAUUAAUUCCUGUUCUCAGACCUUUUGAAUGAAUUGGAAUUGUGGCUUUAAAUGAUUUCUAUAAAUUCACACAAGUAAAUGGGAUCAUUAUUUUAGACUGCAAUAGUGGAAACCUGCUGCUUGUAUUUGGCACUUUGGAUUUUGAAGUAAAGAGCACAAAUAGCUGAAUUGGGAUACUUCUAUGAAAUUGCUUUAAGCCCUUACUUAGGCAUUUUGUUUACACAUAUAUGUAUAUAUAUUGGUUGAAAUAGCUGUUUAAAGCUAGAGGAAAUUGUGAUUGUAAUUUGCCCCAAAAGAGUGAAACAAUACGUGUGUAGAAUAGAUCAGCCAACCAUUCUCUUACAGUAAAGAAGAAUAUGAAAUAUGUAGAAGAUUUAAACACUGAAUUUGCAAAAAGUCUUCAUGGACUUAAGUCCCGUUGGAUUCACUAGCGGGGAUGCACAUGGCUUUUCCUGUGUUUU